CAGAAGCCCAGCCAUUGCUUUAUUCAGUUUUUUCAGGGAAGAAAAAGGAGAUCAAAAUCUCCGUCGCUUUUUUCCAGGGGAAGAAAGGAGAUCAAAAUCUCCGUUGCUUUCUCCUUCACCAAAUCAAAAAUUCCAGAAUCCCCAGCCGUUUCCAAACUUUUAAUUGCUUGGUUCAGGGAAGAAAAAGGAGAUCAAAAUCUCAAGUAAUUUGUGUACAAUUAUCAAGUUUCUCUCAGUGCUUCUAACCCAAUUUAAGGUGCCAAGUUAUGUGUAUUCCUGAAGAGGUUCCAACAAAACAUAAAGAUUCAAUGCCAGUGGUGAAUAAAAGGACGUAUAUCCACCCCCAGAAAUACAGGGAUGGCUACAGAAAUAUUACGACUUACUCCAGCUUCUCGUCUUUAAAAGAACUACGCGAAAAUUUGGAAGACGAUGAGCAAGUCAUUUUCCGAAAAACUGCAAUUUGGCAUCUUCUUGACAUGCCAGAAGAACAAUCGUGGUCUGGCGCGUUAGUUAAUUACUUAUUGUCUAGGGAGGUUGCCUACCCUGUUGUUCCCGGAGAAAAGGCUGAAGAAAAAGUCGUAGAAACAUGGUUCAGGGUUUGUGACGAGGAAUUUGGCUUCGGGAAGGUUUAUGACAAGAAUUCAGGUUCUAUAGAGAUUUGCGACAACCCUUUUGAGAAAGAUAUCUGCUUUGGGAAGCUCGAGUUUACUUUGAUUUAUGGUCUUAGUUUUAGGAAGCCAGAUCAAGCCUUUAUCUGUCCAGAGGGACCAUCUACCCUUAAGACAAGGUAUUUUUCCAACAUUGACAGCGUAAAGGGUUCUCAUCUGAGAGCUUUUAUUUUUGGCAAAGAGGUUGAAUCUAGUUCAAAAAACAAAGAACCUAAAAACAAAAAGGUUAAACUUGAAAGUAAAAACAGAGUUAUAAUAACCGAGAAAAGGGUUGAUUGUUCUAGUGAAGAAAGGGUCAAAGUGGCUUUAUUGUAUUUUGUUCACUUCUUCCUUCUGGGGCAUGGAAAUCAUGCUAAUGUCGAGGAUGAGUUCUGGCACCUUGUCGACAACCUUACAGAGUUUAACAAGUACCCUUGGGGGGAAUUAGUGUAUGACAGGACCAUUACCAAGAGUAGGUCUGCGUUGCUCUAUCAAACCAACAAUUACAAGAAGGAAGGACUACCGACUUUUAAGUCUCAAGGAUUGCCGCAUGUGCUGGUGGUUUGGGCCCUUGAAAUUUUCCCGGGACUGCUUCAGAAGUUUGGAGAUAGAAAAGAUAGUAUAACGUGGCAGCCACAUAUCCUUACUGUGUUAUGCAACGAGCUUGUCCACCACCAAAGCAUCGUUAAAACGUUGAAUUCGGUACCAGUUAUCCGUGAAAGCAUUACGGGGCAUACAUAUGAUUCUUUGGAAGAAAUGCUCGGGGAAUGUUUAGGUCCACUCAAUUAUGUGAUAUCGGAUCUUGAGGAAGAUAAGUUUGUUGUAGAACAGGACAACGAGGAUUCGGAGACGAAAUCUUCUUCACCACAGAAGCAACCGGAUGACCAUGUUCCAGAGUCGAAUCCCAAGGAUAGUAGUAACAAAAAUGCACCUUAUGGGGCACGAUUUGAUGAUGAUCGUUUGCAGGAGGUAGUCAAACUUUUGGCUGACAUCUUUCAGACGCAGAGGGAGGCAGCUGAUGUCUCAAAAAAACUGAUGGAUAAGGUUGAUGACCUGAUUGAAUCGCAAAAGACAGUGAUGGCGAAGAUUACCUUAUUGGAGAAUGAUGUUGCGUGCUUAAAGCAAAGAAAUGAUGAGGAACCUCCGUUCGAGGGUGAUUACCAUGAUGAGGAAAUGUCUCACUGUAGUGUGAGUCGCAACCUGUGCGUAGAGACAGAAUUUAGUAAAGAAGAUGUGGAAUUUCAUACUUGAUGAUAAUAAUAUGGGAGCGGAAAACGAUGAAGAAGGAACAAAACAACAUGGUGCUGAUGUUGCCUCCAACGAUGAAACUAACAUUUCAAAUAGCCCAAUAGGAAGAAAAAGAACGCAUCGCGAACUGGAAGUAUCCAGCAACUCCAAUGAUGAUGAUGACGUACAAAUACCAAGGAAAGUGGCCAAGGUUAAGAGGGAAAUAAUCCCUUCCAAAUUUAGAAGGCCUCCAUUUACAUAUGAUGGUCGGAACCAAAAGAAGCCUCGAAAAAAGGUGGAAAGCAAGGAGUCUGUUAUCAGGAAUAAUAUGAAAACUCAUAUAACUGACUGGCAAAACGAAGAAGAUAUAAAUGAUCUAAUCUGUUUCUUAGACCAAAGUAAAAUACAUGGAGAACUCUAUAAUGAUAAUGGUAUGUCAUUAGUGAACUGUGGAGACUUAUCUAGACUACUGGAUCCAUCUGGGUGGCUAGGUUAUUAACAAAACAUUGUACCUGUUGCGAAAGUCAAAGUACUUCACCGGGGCAAAUCAUACUUCGAGACGUAUAUGCUUGUAUGGCUUUGUGAAAUAGUCUCCGCCGGAUGUAUUUCUUACUUUUUGUAUGUCUAGCCCAAGUACUAGUUUCAUGCUUUUUGUAUAUUAAAACUGAGUGGACAUCUGACAGAAUGGUCGAAAGCAUGUCUAGCCCAAGUACUAGUUUCAUGCUUUUCCAUCCAAAGCUUAGCCUCCAUAUUAGUAAUUCCCAACUCUUCCAUAGCAGCAUUGAAGGAGUUCAGAUUGUAGGCUUCUGAUAGUUU